AUGUCAGUGGCACAGCCUCUGUCGAUGUGGACGGCCAAGGGACGUGCUGACCGAGACGAGAGCUGGGUCGUGUUCAAAACCCAUGAUGAGGCUCGUGCAUUUCUCUCGCUUUCUUAUCCUUCAAUCACCAUUCUUCCCGCAAUUGAAGCCGACUUGGAGCUGCUAGAAAGGUUUUGGCGCGCCGACAUCGCUCAUAAGCUCGACGUCCACCGCGAUCACCAGCUUCGCAUGUCCCUCUCUACCCCGGAUCUUCACAGACGCGCAACCCUAGCGCAAUCCCCCUCUUCUGCCAACCCACCAAACCCAAGGACAUCGUUCAGGUCGGGAGAUUGGAUAUGCAGCUCACCCAGCUGUGCCGCCCACAACUUUGGGCGCAAUCUGGCCUGCAGAGGAUGCGGAUGCCCACGCUCGGAAAGAUCUGCAGCAUUGCCCUCCACACGUUUCCCUUCCUCUCCUCGGUUCAUCGGUUCCGCUAAUGCGACAUCUCCUUAUGUUCAACCGUCGAUACCCAAUACCACUUCUGGACCACAUUACCCCAGCGGUUCGCAAGGCGCGAGACAUCUAUCUCCUUCACUUCCCGCUUUGAUGAACGUCAAGUCACCCUCGCCCUCUAACCCUUUACUCACUCCUUCCGGGCGUGCUUUUGCGGUGGGGGGGAGAGUGCAGAAUGUGUCUGGCGAUCCCCUCAUCCCUUGUGUCAUUUUUUGGCCAGAUAAUGAGCCUUUCCCUGAGCAGGGACAGAUACGACCUAGUCAUCUUACGGGGGUACAAGUAUGCCACUUUUUUUCCAUUUGCAACUAUCUGAAUUGGCGCAGGCGCAAAGUCUGCCAGACCUGCUUCCCCUAUGCAGAAGGCAACGGGGAUUCCAUCUCAGCCGCGGUGCAAGCGGAACGAAUUCAUCUCCUGACCUCCCUCCUCGCUCGAAAUCAACUUUCGGUCCAUCAACAGUGUCCACCAGAAGUACCCUCACAGCCGGUGGCGUCCAUCCAGCCUCAGCGUUCUCCCAUGGAUAGGUCCCGGUCACUGCAAGUUUCUCCGCGCCCCCGUUCCCAGCUUGACCUUGCUGCACGAUAUCCUGAUUCCCAGUUCAUAUACGAGACUUCCGGUCCCCAUUCUUCCUCUUCAGCAUCGUUUCCUAGCAUGAAAGGUCUUGAAGACGAUCUCCCAUCCCCAUCUGACGCGCCCAAUCUCUUACCCUCUUUUUUGCAAGAUAUCGUGCAGUCGCCUACUUUGUCACCUACCUCGACAUCAUCUGCAGAAUUGUCCAUUGAAGAAUACGAGGCCAAUUCCCCUUCUUCGCAACGGUCUUCCCUUACACGGGAUCGCCUAGUGUUGACCGACGACUCUAUCUCCCAUUCGCCUCUCGGCAAUAUAUGGAAGCUUAACGAUGAAGAAACGAAAGGCGGGGCCUCUGUCGCCUUGCCAACUCAUGAAGACCUGGUUGGAAGCAGGAACAGCAGUCGGGAGUUUUAA